ACCAGGAAGUAAAAAAGGGCAGCCGCGGUUUCCACGUCCUGGGCGCAGCGUCUCCGCUCCUCCUGCUCGGUGCGGUCAAUCUGCAGACAGCGGGCGGCGUGACGGUGCUCUGGCCUCGGUAUUAGCGGCUACCUGACAGCCACACACAAACAAACAGGUUGUAGCGGUUAAAGGGGGUAACUUUACCUCCGCUUCGCUUUUUUUGGUUUUAUUUUAAAAAAGAAAGCGAAGAUGGCGACCAGCUCAGAGCGCAGCCCUCCUCCGUUCCCAGACACCGAGGACCAGGAUGCUCAGGAUCCUGAAGAAGUCCGAGGCCGAGACAGCGACGAGGACGACGGUGAAGAACUUUUCCUGAGUGCGACCAACACUCCCAUGGCCACGAAGGAGAACACGUCUGCACCCGCCAGUCAGCCUGUCGACCUCAUGAGCGAUCCUUUGAUGGAGCCCCUCAGCAGCCACACGGAAAACAAAUCUCCCUCUGAAAUGUUCGAGGACCUGACUAAGGAUGUGUCAGCGGCGUCUGCUGCCACAGCAGAGAGCCUUUUGGAUCAGGCCUCGGAUGAUUUCGUUGAUGUCCUUGGAAGUAAAGCGGCAGCUGAAAGAGAAGAAGUGGAUGUUACAGCUGAAGGCAGCGAUGGGGCAACAGAUUUACUCGGUGAUGGAAAAAGCAAUGCCAAACAGGAAACCCCUGCUGCUCCGGUUAUGGACCUGGGUGGCUCGUCAGACAUCAGCACACAGCAACCAGCCGUCUGCGACCCGCUGGUGGACCUUCUGGGGGACUCAACAGCAGCCUCUGCGUCCAGUGCCAUAAAACCCAGCGGGGCAGUGAUCGACCUCUUCGACGACGAGGGAAGUGACUUUUUCACCGGACCGCCUCCGACUCAAACUGCCAAGCAGCCUCAGAAAAGCCUGUUUGGUGACGGCGAUGAGGAUCUGUUCGGCGAGCCGCUGGGGGCCGUGUCGAAGAAAGCCCCCAGUAUGGAGCAGAAGGAGAAAUCCGCCCCGGCCCCUCCAGCUGCCGCAGCACCACCUGCAGACCUCUUCACUGAGGAAGCAGUCGGCUCGGCCCCAAACAGCAGAAACAGCAGAGCGGUGAACUCCAAGACCAACGGAGUCCAUUCUGAGGAGGAUUCAGAUUUAUUUGCUGAAGCCACGGUGGAGCUUUCUCUGGAUAGUCCAAGGACCGAGAGGAGGAAAGAGGCAGCAACCAAACCCUCCACCUCCGUCUCAGCAGCUGCCAGCCUCGCCAAAUCCCAGCCUGCUCCCCCAGAAGAGAUUGAAGAAGAGGAAGAGGAGCUUCAGGAUAAAUUUGACAUUAAUGUCUUUGUGAAAGACCCUGAAAAAAUAGGUGACGGUAUGAACGCCUACAUGGCCUAUAAAGUAUCAACACAGACCACCCUGCCCAUGUUCCGCAGCAAAACCUUCACGGUGAAGCGGCGCUUCAGCGACUUCCUCGGCCUCUACGAGAAGCUCUCAGAAAAACAUGGUCCCAACGGUCUAAUCGUGCCUCCGCCUCCAGAGAAAAGCCUCCUAGGGAUGACAAAAGUAAAGGUGGGAAAGGAAGAUUCCUCAUCCGCAGACUUUCAUGAAAGGAGGAGGGGUGCUUUGGAAAGAUAUCUCCAGAGGGUGGUGAAUCACCCGAUGCUCCUGCAAGACCCUGAUGUCAGAGAGUUUCUGGAGAAAGAGGAACUGCCCAGAGCUCACAGCACCCAGGCACUGAGCGGAGCGGGAUUCCUGAAAAUGAUCACCAAGGCAACAGAUGCUGUCAGUAAAAUGACCAUCAAGAUGAAUGAGUCGGAUGUGUGGUUUGAGGAGAAACUGCAGGAGGUGGAAUCAGCAGAUCAGCAGUUUAGGAAGCUCCAUGCUCUGGUUGAGUCCCUGGUUGUUCACAGAAAAGAGCUGUCCCUGAACACAGCCAGCUUUGCCAAGAGUGCCGCCAUGCUGGGCAGCGCAGAGGACAACACCGCCCUGUCCCGAGCCCUCUCUCAGCUGGCCGAGGUGGAGGACAAGAUGGAGCAGCUCCACCAGGACCAAGCUUCCAACGACACAUUCAGCUUCGCUGAACUGAUCGCAGAUUUCACCCGCCUGCUGGGAGCAGUCCGGGGGUCGUUUGACCAGCGGAUGAAGGCGUGGCAGCGCUGGCAGGACGCUCAGGCCAUGCUGCAGAAGAAGAGGGAGACGGAGGCCAAACUGUUGUGGGCCAACAAGCCCGACAAGCUGCAGCUAGCCAAGGAGGAGAUUGUUGAGUGGGAGGCCAAAGUGACUCAGUAUGAGCAAGAAUUUGAGAGAGUUUCUGCAACCGUGCGCAAGGAAGUCGUCCGCUUCGAGAAAGAAAAGACCAAGAAUUUUAAGAGGCAGAUAAUCACAUACCUGGAGUCUCUCCUUCAGUCUCAGCAUCAGCUGAUCAAGUAUUGGGAGGCGUUCCUACCUGAGGCCAAAGCCAUCGCCUAGCAGCUGACCCUCUGCCUUCUUUAUAAACUUUACCUCUUUUGCCUUGAAAGCAAGAAAUGUGUGCAUUGAAAAGGGAGAUACAUGAACAUGUUUUGUAAUACAAUCAUCUUUACUAUAUAGCUCUGUAUUCUGUUGUAUUAAUAACUGUAUAUUUUCAUUUAUCCUUCCACAAUAUUUUCUUACUAGAG